CGAAGUGUUAAUAUUAAUUUUUUGGUUUUAGUGGUGGAAAAGAAAAAUAUAAACGCAAAGUAAAGUAAAAGUGGCAUAUAAGUGCUAGCAAAUAUUGAAUCACAGGAUCAGUAAAUUUUAAACGGGAUAGUGAUAAAAUAUAUGCGUGUAUAUGAAAUAGUUUAGAAGAAAACGGUAAAAAUUGUGAACUUGAUUGCUGAUUACAAUAGAAGCAAAACUGCAAAGGACUGACUGUGCCAAGUGUGUGGGACAGUGUGAAUAAAUAAACGAAAUUUUUUUUUUAACAUAAUCAACUUGUUGGCGAAUCUCAUAAUAAUUGACCCAGCAAGAUGACUACCAAAAUGGCGAUUAAUGCAAAGGAUAUAUUCCGCAACCAGCAUAGACUAAUACGAUUCAUUGAGCAAUCAAUACGUUUGUGCAGCAAUCAGUCAUUGAAGACCGCACAGAAACACGCCAAACAACAGGCCGAGCCAGACUUCCAGAUCACCACAUCGAUCUCCAGCGCAUACACAGCUGCGCCGGAACCCAUCAAACACGAUGCGGAUGUGGGCCAACAGUUCGCUGCCGUACAAUUGGCCGUACGCCUGGCUGCGCCACAGCAAUUGCAACCCAAACCAGAUAAUGAUGACGCUUUAAGUUUUGGCAAAGUAUUCACCGAUCACAUGUUGAAAAUCUACUACCACCGGAGUUUGGGUGGUUGGCAGCGACCGGAGAUUACGCCGCUCGAAAAUCUCGUUAUGCAUCCCGCGGCAAAAGUAUUGCACUACGCUGUAGAGCUUUUUGAGGGCAUGAAAGCUUAUCGCGGUGUCGAUGGCAAAAUUCGCAUUUUCCGCCCCAACAUGAAUAUGAAUCGUAUGAAUCUCACAGCAAGACGUUCCGGCCUGCCCACAUUCGAAGGUGAAGAAUACAUCAAGUGUCUGUCCCGCCUCAUAUCUAUCGACUCCGAAUGGGUGCCACACAGUGAAGCUGCCAGCUUAUAUAUCCGCCCCACAUUGAUCGGUAUCGACCCGACGCUCGGUGUUGCCUCCUCCGACUCUGCCCUGCUCUACACAAUACUCAGCCCCGUGGGUUGUUACUUUAAGUCUGACAGUGAUGGUGCGGUUUCACUGCUCGCAGAUCCGCGCUACACAAGAGCGUGGCCCGGCGGUGUUGGCAAUCGUAAAAUGGGCUCAAACUAUGCACCCACGAUCAACGUACAAAAAGAGGCUGCCCAAAAGGGCCUGCAACAAGUGUUGUGGUUGUACGGCGAGGAUCAUCAACUCACCGAAGUGGGCACAAUGAACAUUUUCAUGUUCUACGUCAACGAAAAUGGAGAGAAAAUAUUGGUUACACCACCACUUAGCGGUCUCAUUCUGCCCGGCAUUACAAGAGACUCGAUACUCACGUUAGCCCGACAACUGGGUCAAUUUGAGGUGCGCGAAGAAGUGAUCACCAUGCCACAAGUCUGCGAGCUGCUCAAUCAAGGAAGACUGCUCGAACUGUUUGGCACUGGUACAGCGUGUGUGGUCAGCCCCAUUAAUCGCAUCAAUUAUUUGGGCACCGAUCUCUACAUACCCACCAUGGAGCAGGAGAAGCCCAUACACGAAUGGAUACGUGAUACACUAUCGGCCAUUCAAUAUGGCAAAAUAGAUCACCCAUGGGCGGUGGUCAUUGAUUAAUAGUACACACUCACGUGCUACGUCUUCGAAAUCCUGCAACUUCUGUUGUUGGAUUCUUAGCAAAAGGAAGUGUAUUAAUAGUUUUAAAUUUUCUUCUUUUGAGAGAAAUAGCUUUACUAUCACUAUUUACCUAUAAUUUAAUUAGUCGCUUAGCUUAUGGUAUGGACAAAAGCAGCGCUAACGGGUAUUUUAUCCACAAUUACCUUUA